CAUGAAUGCCAGAAAUGAGAAGCACCUUCCCUUGGCCAGAUGAGUAGUGAAUAGCUUGGUUGCCAUUGUGAAAGUCAUACGUUUGAACGAUCCUUGUGCGAUGCGAAAUGGCCGCAUCCACGGGCUUCUUCGCCACUCUCAAAUUAUUGUGGGAGAUUCGACAAGUGUUUCCCAAACGGAACCAUUCUGCGAGCACUCCUAGCCCUCCAAAGCAUAAACGUGCUAACAUUACGGCCCUCGUGGCCCUCUGGUGCCUUCUGGUCGCGGUUUUUGUCAUUAAUACCCUAGCUGGCCUGGGUCCAAAAUACUUGGGAUGUGGUCUAUUCAAAAACGAUAUCUAUGCAUUGAUUCAACAAUAUGCGCAUUAUGUCACACCGGCUGAAUGGUCGUUUGUUAUUUCUGGUAUUAUUUUCUUUUGGUUGUUUUGUGGAGCAACAUUUUACGUGGUUACAAUUUUUCUUGAAGUGGACGGCAUCCCCGUCUAUUUGAAUCCUGGGGUGAUAUCCAAAAAAUUUGUUGCGGCUUUCGGAGUCAAUUUAGUGUUCAACGUCGCUUGGGUCUUUACUUGGAACUACGAAUUAUUCAUUUGGGCCGAAGUUCUUCUGAUUCUUCUGGCUGUCACCAAUUGUAUAGUUACUGCUCUUAUCAGUCGGAACCUGGCCAAGCACAACCACCGACUUCAAAAAGUGAAUCCUAAAAUUUAUUGGAGCUACGUGAUCAUGGGCCAGUUUGGUCACCAGUUAUACGCAACUUGGUCCAUCAUUGCCGCUAUUUUCCAACUGAUCGUUCCUGCCCAUUAUUGGUGGGGCAUAGACAUGGAGAUAUUGAGUAUUGCUACAAUUGCCACUCUCUUAGUGGUACUAUGUCUCUGGUUUAUGGCGGAUAUUUCGAUUUGGUACACCUAUCAACCUUACUCUAUUAUACCUUACUUGGGUAUUUUGUGGGGCUUCUCGGGAGUGCUGGACCGAACGGCUUCCCAAUUGAUUAGAAAUCAAGCUGUGGUCACAUUUAUUGGGUUCAUUUUGGCGCUGAACACGGGAUUUCUGCUGAUAAAGAUUGCUUUGCUGGUGAAUCGCGAAAAGAAGAGGCUCUUCAGAUCCAACCAAAUCUAUUACUGACGUUAUAAUAUUGCCCCUACCCACUCACACGGUUUUGUGCGCUUUGAAAAUCAUCAAGUUCUGUCAAAAGUUGAAGUUUUUGUGCAUUGAAUGCCAAUAAA